AAAAAAAGAAACCUGGGUCUCGGAUAGUACCAGAACUCAAAGUUUCAAACUUCCAACUCAAAUUCAUGCAAUACAAUUGCAGAGGCAAAAUGAAAAAUCAUAAACCCUAAAAGAGAUAAACCCCCAAGAAAUGAGAGCAAAUAUCCACAUUCCUUUCUAAUCCCACCAUUUGUUCAACCUUCUUUAUCGUCUCAACAAUGACUUCAAUGGACAUUCUCAAUUCACCCAGGCUUCACAUUCCCAAACCCCACACCCACUUCAAAUCCCCAAAUCACUCAAAGCGCUUCAAUUUGAUUCGAAAAAUUCAACCACAGCCACCUUUCCCUCACCGGACACUCACCUUCCUUUGCCAGUCGUAUUCGGGGCCCUCGUCACGGUCGGGUGACACUAGCAAAGCCCCCCAAGACGAUUUUGUGACCAGGGUCUUGAAGGAGAACCCAAGCCAGAUUGAACCCAGGUACUUAGUUGGUGACAAGUUUUACACUUCGAAAGAAAAAGAGAGUUUGGGCAAGAAUUCCAAUGUGGGUUUUAUUGAACUCUGGGCAAAGAGAUUGAAAUUUUCGAAGGCAGAACCGAAGAAAGAGAGGACUGAGGGUCAAAAUUAUAGUGAAGUGAGGGAUGAAUCUGUUUAUUUGAAGGACAUUUUGAGGGAGUAUAAAGGAAAGCUCUAUGUUCCAGAGCAGAUUUUUGGGACUGAGUUGCCGGAGGAAGAGGAAUUUGAGAGGAGUUUGGGGGAAUUGCCCACAAUGAGCUUUGAGGAUUUUCAGAAAGCUUUGAAGAGUGAUAAGGUUAAGUUGUUGACUUUAAAGGAAGUGACAGGGACUUCUUAUGGGUUCACUGAUUUCAUUGUCGAUUUGAAGGAGAUCCCAGGCCAGAAGAGCUUGCAUAGAACCAAAUGGGCAAUGAGGCUGGAUGAGGGUGAAGCUCAGGCUCUUCUGGAGGAGUAUACGGGCCCGAGAUAUGUAAUAGAGGGGCAUGCUACGUCUUUGGUUGGAAAAUUACCACGUUACCCUCAUCCAGUGGCAUCUUCCAUAUCUAGCAGAAUGAUGGUAGAGCUUGGAAUGGUAACAGCUGUAAUGGCUGCUGCUGCAGUUGUUGUUGGAGGGUUCCUGGCUUCUGCAGUAUUUGCUGUUACCAGUUUCGUUUUUGUGUCGACUGUAUAUGUCGCAUGGCCUAUAGCCAAACCAUUUAUUAGACUUUUUCUUGGUCUCAUCUUUGGAAUUUUAGAGAGAGUAUGGGAUAAUCUUGUUGACUUCUUCAGUGACGGAGGCAUUUUCUCUAAAUUUUCUGAUUUUUACACUUUUGGUGGUGUAUCUUCCAGCAUUGAGAUGUUAAAACCAAUUACAAUUGUCCUUUUGACCAUGGUCCUUCUUGUCCGUUUCACACUCUCUAGAAGACCUAAGAACUUCAGGAAGUGGGAUCUGUGGCAAGGGAUUGAUUUUUCACGGUCUAAAGCAGAAGCUCGUGUUGAUGGGUCAACUGGAGUUAAGUUUAGUGACGUGGCAGGGAUUGAUGAAGCAGUAGAGGAACUCCAGGAGUUGGUGAGGUACUUGAAGAACCCAGAACUGUUUGAUAAAAUGGGAAUAAAGCCUCCGCAUGGGGUUCUUUUAGAGGGCCCACCUGGAUGCGGCAAGACCCUGGUUGCUAAGGCCAUAGCGGGUGAGGCUGGUGUUCCAUUUUACCAAAUGGCUGGAUCUGAAUUUGUUGAAGUUUUAGUUGGUGUUGGUUCUGCUCGUAUUAGGGAUCUAUUCAAAAGAGCCAAGGUAAACAAACCGUCAGUUAUUUUCAUUGAUGAAAUUGAUGCAUUGGCUACGAGGCGUCAAGGGAUUUUUAAGGAAUCUUCCGACCACCUGUAUAAUGCAGCCACUCAAGAGAGGGAAACUACACUGAACCAGCUCUUAAUAGAGCUUGAUGGGUUUGAUACUGGUAAAGGUGUUAUAUUUUUAGCUGCUACAAAUCGCAGGGAUUUGUUAGACCCUGCACUUCUCCGACCAGGUCGUUUUGAUCGCAAGAUAAAAAUUCGUCCUCCUGCUGCAAAGGGGAGAUUGGAUAUUUUGAAAAUCCACGCAAGCAAAGUGAAAAUGUCAGAGUCUGUUGAUUUGUCCAGCUAUGCACAGAACUUACCUGGAUGGACGGGAGCAAAGUUGGCUCAGCUGGUCCAAGAGGCUGCACUUGUAGCGGUGAGGAAGGGGCAUGAGUCAAUUCGUCAGUCGGACUUGGAUGAUGCAGUUGAUAGACUUACUGUAGGACCAAAACGGGUUGGAAUAGAGUUAGGUCAUCAGGGACAAUGUCGUCGAUCCACUACUGAAGUUGGAGUUGCAAUAACUUCUCAUCUGCUUAGGCAAUAUGAGAAUGCAGAAGUUGAAUGCUGUGAUCGUAUCUCAAUCAUCCCUCGUGGUCAGACAUUAUCGCAAGUUGUAUUUCAUCGACUUGAUGAUGAAUCAUACAUGUUUGAGCGCCGGCCACAAUUGCUGCAUCGCCUUCAGGUUUUACUUGGAGGGAGGGCCGCUGAAGAGGUCAUAUAUGGACGGGACACAUCAAGGGCUUCAGUUGACUACCUUGCUGAUGCAUCUUGGCUUGCUCGUAAAAUUUUAACCAUUUGGAAUUUGGAGAAUCCAAUGGUCAUACACGGAGAGCCACCACCUUGGAGGAAGAAAGUUCAAUUUGUAGGCCCUCGGCUGGACUUUGAGGGAUCACUGUACCACGACUAUGACCUAAUUGAACCACCAGUGAACUUCAAUUUAGACGAUGAGGUUGCGAAAAGGACUGAAGAGCUGAUACAUAAUAUGUAUGACAAAACACUUUCUUUGCUUAAAAGGCACCAUGCAGCCUUGCUUAAAACUGUGAAGGUUCUUCUUGAACGCAAGGAAAUUAGCGGCGAAGAAAUCGAUUUUAUCUUGAACAAGUACCCUCCACAGACACCCUUAAAGCUUCUUUUUGAGGAAGAAAAUCCUGGCAGCCUUAAGUUCAUCAAACAGGAACAGGAACAGGAACGUGAGUUAGAGUAUGCCCUUCUAACACAAUCCAAAGGAGAAACCCUAUGAUUAAUGAAAGAUCCCAUACAGGGGGGCUCUCCGUGUUCUUUGUGUACCGUGCAUGCAUGAGGACUGCAUUGGAAGCUUCAUUGCCAGCAAGAGCGUGAAGAGCAUGAAUGAGAUUGUAUCGUGUAGUUUUGUUGUGCGCUACCCAGAAGAAGGUGUAAUCUAUUCAAAGCAAGCCCAUUUUUCCUUUUUAUUGGGCUUUUUAUCUUUGUUAAUUUGUUUUAUUCUUGUGUUUGAUAGAUGUAGCUCAGCUGUAGUUAUUAGAAAAAGCCAGGAAUGUAAAGGAUUAAGAAUUCCAAAUUCAUCUGCACCUUUUUCAUUUAAACAUCAAUGAGAUCAGAACUCCGAUAGUUGGAUACAA